AUGCCUCACGCCAAGCUUCCUACACCGUCUCAGGACGAUUUGAACGCUGCUAUUCGCGAAGCUAUCGAUACUGUCGAUGCUGAGCUGCGCGAAGUCUCCCUCUCCAUCCACUCGCAUCCCGAGCUCGCCUGGAACGAACACCAUGCACACGACGUCCUGACCGAGUACAUGUCCCGCCAGCGCGGCUUCGUCGUCACCAAGCACGCCUACGACCUCCCGACAGCCUGGACCGCCGUCUUCACCUCGUCCGCACCUUCGAACGACGACAAGCUCCCCGUCGUGGGCUUCAACAGCGAGAUGGACGCAUUGAAAGGUAUCGGCCACGCCUGCGGGCACAACUUGAUCGCCAUCGCAGGCUGCGCAGCCGCCAUCGGUGUCGCCCGCACACUCGAGCGUUUCCAGCUACCCGGAAAAGUCGUCCUCCUCGGUACGCCUGCGGAAGAAGCAGGAGGAGGCAAGGCGGUUUUCAUCCAGCGCGGAGCGUAUGACGAGUUCGAUGCGUGCUUGAUGGUUCAUCCUGGACCGGGCGGAGGAGGCAAACAUGGAGCGGGGAUCAUGACCUCGUCCUGCGUCGCCGGAUUGACGGUCACGUACCACGGUGCGUCGGCGCACGCAGGCGGAGCGCCGGAGAAGGGCAGGAACGCACUCGAUGCCGCCGUCCUCGCGUAUCAGAACGUCUCUGCCCUCCGCCAACAGCUCCCGAAGGACGCGAAGCUACACGGCAUCAUCUCCGGAUGCGAGAACUGGUCGGCCAACGUCAUCCCGGGCGAAGCGAAGCUCCUCUACGGGAUUCGCUCCCCCUCCGCCUCCGACCUCGCACCGCUUAUCCCCCGCGUCCUCCGCUGCUUUGCCGGCGCCGCACUCGCAGCAAACUGCACCUACACCCUCACGAGCGAAAUCCUCUACCUUGACGUUAGGCCUUCACCUGGACUCGCGCAGGCGUUCAAGGACUUUGCGGAGAAGGAGUACGGAGAGGAGGGAUACGAGGUGCCCGAAGAUUGUCCGACGGGCGGCUCUACGGACUUUGGGAACGUCUCUUACCGCUGCCCGUCGUUGCACCCGAUGUUCUACCUCCCCGACGCAGCGGGAGACGAACACCCUCCAGCAGUCGCGACUCCCUCAGCCCAUACCGCGACCCUCCGCGCGGCCUCAGCACUCGCCUCCUCCGGCCUGCGAGUCCUCACCUCCCCCUCCUUCCGCGCCCAAAUCCGCCGCGACUGGGAAGAGGACAUGCAUCUCGCGCAGGGCGAGAAGGCGGUGAGCGUUAUUGAGAGGUUGGUGCCGAGUGUUGAGGUUGGGCCUGCGGGCAAGGAGGUGAGGGAGGGGAGGUUCUGCGAUUAUUGCGUUUGUGGGUGCGAGAAGUAG